AUGGACCCCGAGCAACAGACAACGCCUUUGUUGGCACCAACAGCAGAGAAUCUUGCUAAAGUCAAGGUCUUUCCCCUCAUUCCUGCUCUGAGGAAGGAUGUAACCAAAACAAUUGACAGCGCCCUGAGCUGGGAGCAACUAACAGCGGCAGAUAUCAACUUUUCAAUCGUUCGUCCACUGGUCAACAAAUAUGCUCGUCUGCGCAACAUAUCCGUCGUUUAUGCGUGUCUCGUCGUCCGCCAGUACUUCCUCACAGAAUCUGAAGCAGAGCUCGCGUACGCGGGUGUCAUGGUCUCGAGGGCUUCACUCUGCGAGAUCCUGGCGAUUAAGCUCCUCGGUCGUUUCGCGACUCAUUACAUCCAACUCGUGGCUGUCUUGACAACAAGCUGGAACCCACUGGCUGGGGCUAGCCAACAGGUCGUAGAAGAAGUGAAGAUGAAUAUGGGCAGCAAGGACAACGAUAUUGGGCCUGCCGUUCACAGUGCCAUCGAGAUGGCGAUUGCGACUGAAGCCAAAGACUUUUUGGCUUCAACUGUUACCCAGAAAGUAGUCAAUGAUAUCUAUGCUGGGCGGGUUGUCUUCACGGUUGCAGCAAAUCGUUCACUCCUGGCAGACAAUUACAAGUCGAGAGCUAUAGAGAUCUACGACCCUAAGCGCUCUUCCUGGCUGGACCAUUAUCGUCUUCGGGUCCCGCAAUAUGGCAACUACCUCGAGUUCAUUAAUUUCGCCAUUCUACUGGUCAUGUUCAUGCUAUGUCUCUCCAAUCAGGACAAGUCCCAAGUGACACCCUACGAACUAGUAUUCAUCGUGUUUGCGGCAGCUUUCACACUCGAGGAAUACACGGCUUCGACUGGACAUGGAUGGAUCAUUUACAUCGCGAAUAUCUGGAACGCGUUCGAUUUUACGUUCAUCCUCAUCUUCCUCGCGUAUGUCGUGUUGAGAAUCCAGGGUCUAUCCAAUGGCAACUGUACGCUCCUUAUUCUUUCGUCCUACGUCCCGCCUUACAAAACCAUCUGUGCUGCAGUGGAAACGUCUGCAAUGGCGUUUGAUGUACUUGCUUGUGGGGCAUGCAUCCUCUUCCCUCGAUUGGCAUUCUUCUUCGUCUCGGACAAUCUUGUCAUCCUGUCUCUACGAGCAAUGAUAGUUCAAUUCGCAUUCUUCAUCACCAUCGCUGCUAUCUGCUUCUCCGGAUUGUUGUUCACUCUAUGGACCCUUGCCGCCGACAACCCCGAAGGCAAGGAUUGGUCCGCAGCCUCUAUCGCUUGGCUCAUGGUCCAAAUCUGGUUCGGUAACACGUCACUCAGCUUCGACCAGGCUUCAAGUUUCCAUCCACUAUGGGGACCUAUUCUCAUGACUGCGUUUGCGGCCCUUUCCAAUACGCUUUUGUUAACUAUUCUGAUUUCUAUUUUGUCGAAUACGGUGGCAAGGAUUGAUGCAAAUGCUACCAAAGAGUGCCUGUUCCAGUACACGAUCUCUACCGUCGAAGGUGUCAAAUCCGACGCCCUCUUCUCUUAUCAACCGCCCUUCAACCUACUUGCUUUCCUCCUCCUCAAACCCUCAUCCUUUUUCCUCACGCCACGCCAGCUCCACACCUUCAACGUAUUCCUCAUCCGCGUCACUUCCCUGCCCCAACUCAUUGUCAUCGCUCUCUACGAGCGUUACCUCGCCUCGGGAUUCUACACUUCCUCCGGUGCGCCAUCCAUCGGGAAACUACGCGAAGCGUUCAAAGAUGUCGCGCAGGGGUUUUACAACAGCUUGCCGAGGCAUCUAAGGCAUAUGCCGCUUGUCGAAGCUGUGGUGGGAAGUGUGGAAAGUGAGUUGUGGGAGGCGAUAUUUGAAGUCUGCGAGGAUGAUGAGGUUGUCGGUGAUCUGUGGUCUAGUGAAGAAGAAGAUGAGGAUGGCCCGGCGCUCAAGUCCGUGCAUUCGAGGGAGACAAUGAAGAGUAAGAGCAGUGUGAACAAGGAGGAGAGGAGCGGUGGGCAGAGCAGGAAGUCGAGAAGGGGGAGCAGGUCGACAAGGAGGGACGCAACGCCUUCUAGGUCGCCUGUGAGGGAUGGGAAUGGUGGUGCAGGACUGAAGAAACGGCCGUCGUCUAUACGUAUGGAUCUGACCGAAGCAAGUCCUAUCCUCGAGAUAAGCGACGACGAGAAUCCGGAUCAAGCAACCCAAUCGAUCCCCCUGGCGCCCUCGCCCGACCCCAUGUCCCACCCGCCCUCCGCGACCAUGUACGCCUUCCCGUCCGGGUCGUCGGCACAAUUGUCGACUUCUGGCGCACAUGGUACCAAUUACCCUUAUGCACACAGCAACGGCGGUGGACAAGGACAUGGGAAUGGUUUAGGCGGUUUAGGUUCGGGAGGCUCGCCACGGCGUCAACCAAGGCAACGCCUGUGGAGCGUGCUGUCUCCUCUUGAUGUUUCUUCCCCUGAAGUUGUUACUAAAGAAACAACCAGGAGCCCACUUGCACGUCUUUACUCUGGGCGAGGGGCAUCUCCUAUCAGGGGCACCCCAAGCUAUGGUGCUUUGACUGCUGGAGUGCCCGGAUACCCGCCUCCACAGCACCAUAUGCACGGGUACGGGCGUGGCGGGUAUGAUGGGCGUCACGGUGGAGGGUACAAUGACCACAACAUCUUUGGAUAUUCGAGCGGGCAAGGAAGUACCAGUGCUGGUUACGGAGGAUUGCAAUACCCCCACACUGCACCGGUCUUCCGUGAAGCCCAGAUGCACAUGGAGACGAGCGUGAAGAAAUUGGAGGGUUUGAUGGAAGAUGCGAAGAGUUUGCCGGUUAACAAGUUGAAAGAGGAGAUGAAGGAGUUGCAGGAUCGGCAAGCGAGGAUAGAGAAUCUGUUGCUGAUGUUGACGAGGGGUAUGAGGAAUGAGACAGGGAAGGGGUCGCUAUAA